AUGGAUAUGGGACAGCUCUUUAUUUACCCAGUGCAGCCCUGCAGCGGGAAGCGAAGACCUCCCCGAGAUUCGGCUUCUGCAGGCGACGACGCAGAAGGCUUGGCCGAGAAAAAAGCUGUGGCCUUCGACAAUUGGCUCCAAGCUCUACGGACGCGCUGUGGCUACACCAAGAAUGUUGAUGCCACUUGGCCAUGGGACAAGUGGGAGAAUUGGGGCAUGCUGGACUUGGACAUGUUAGGAAAAAAACAGCCCAGAAAACAGCCCCUAACAGCAAAGAUUGGUUUGGUGAUGCAUCAAGAGUCGAUUUACAACCUGAUUCCACCCAAGCCGGUGGUUCAGGAUCGUCCUCCCAUGUACAAGUCCAAGCAUGCGUCGGGCUUGCCGCCAACAGCCUCCACCUUUCCGACGGCCGGGACCACCUGUCCAGCAGUUGCCAACAUCGGAGGCUCUUUAGAACAGAAGCCUGUGGGUGAUAAAUCUCACUCCACCUUCGGCAAACCCAAGGGAUCCUACUGCGAUGAUCCCGGCAGCUUCUUGAAGAAACAGGAGAAGAGCGGUGGCAAGGUUCUGACUCUCAAAGAGAUGAAGAAGGAGCACCCUGAAGCUCUUGUUCCGAAGCAGUUGAAGCCGCAGACGAGACAUGGACCACCACAGGCCUCUGAGAAGCCAGUGAUGAAUCUGGUGACCAGCAAAAACUUCAUCGUGGCCAACGCUGUGGAAGUGAUUCUGGCCGCGCCCAAAAAGGUGCCGGAAGGAACCAAGGACUAUUUGAAGAAGGAAGACUAUGGAAAAGUGCCCAAGUAUUUGCAGCACAUCAAGCAGGACAUCGAAACUGAGUAUCAGUACAUCAGGGCCUUGCAAGAGCAGAGGGAGGCAGAAGAGGCGCAACGCGUUCGCCCCAUGACCGAAGAUGAGCGACAGGAUAUUCUCGAAGGUUUAAAGGCCAAGUGGGAGCAGGUGAACACGGCCUUCCAGGGUGGAACUCACGUCACGAACCUGGACACUAUGGGAAAGUUGAAGCGUAAGGAGAAGCACGAGGCUGAGCUGUCUCAGCUUGAGAAAGACAUUGAGAAGCUCAGCAAAAAGAGCAUCCUCGUCAACUCUGACUCUCCGCCGGUGCCCACUGGUGCUAAGUUAAUCACCUUCUGCGUGCACCCGGUCUCACGACAAUGCUUGGUGCACACACGUCAUGGGGACGACUGGAACAAGGUUUACCUCAAGGGUGCGAAGCUUGGGGAGGGUUCCUAUGGUGAAGUCUUCCUUGCGCUUCAUGCGUCCCUAGGUGUUGCGCGUGUGGUGAAGUCUGUGCCCAAGAGUCAGUUGAGCGUUGCAGGAGAACAAGUGGAGGAUGAGGUGAACAUGUUGAAAUCCCUGGAUCACCCACACAUCGUUCGCGUCUUUGAGGCCUUUGAGUCUGAAGAGUCCUUGCAUAUCGUCAUGGACUACGCCGAAGGCGGCGACUUGGCUUCCGUCAUCAGAGAGACCUUGGAUUCCAAUCAGAUGUUGCCGCAUCUAUGGGUCCAAGAGGCCGCCCUGCAGGUCGCAUCAGCUUUGGACUACAUGCACUCCCGUGGAGUCAUCCAUUGCGACCUGAAGCCUGGCAACACGAUGCUCCUGACGCCCUUCGUGCUAUCAGAUGCCUUGCAGGGCAAGUCGCAGCCACACGUCCUCCUGGUGGAUUUUGGCUUGGCCGAAAUUUUUGAUGAGCAGGCGGCGCUUGGCGGGCCUGCCACAGUGAAAGGAAGUCCAGCUUACCUCUCACCUGAAGGGUUUGAUGGGAAGCUGACGCAGAAAAGUGACAUCUGGGCCAUGGGCGUGAUGCUCUAUGAGAUGCUGGUGGGUAGCCGGCCUUUUCGAGGGACGAACAACAUCUUUGUUCUCUACUGUCAAGUUGCCAACACUGAGCCCAACUUUGACUCGAUCCCAGAACUUCCAUGUUCCUUGGUGAAAGCCCUGAUGGAGAAAAAAACGGAGCAGCGUUUAUCUGCGAGGCAGUGCUUCGAACAUGAGUGGCUCCAAGAAGUGAACGAGUUGGAUUUCUGCGAGAAGUCGAAGCAGUCCAAUGCUUCUGGGGUGCCCAAAAGCUUCACACGUCCCAGUAGCUACUUCCACCGCGCCGUGACCUUCAGCAUGGCGGCGGCAUUGGGGAUGAAGGACCUGACAGCAGACUACCACCUCUUCCAGGCCUUGGACGCAGACAAGUCCGGGCAGAUUGACCAGGAAGAACUGCGCAGUGGCCUGGAGAAGUUGGGCCUUCGACAGGACCCCAACGGAUUGAUGGCGUCCAUGGAUUUGGACCAGGAUGGCCAAAUCUCCUACACCGAGUUCUUAGGCGCCACUCUCAACCUCGAUGAGGAGCGUGGCGAUCGAUUAAUGAGAUAUGCGUUUUCAAUGUUUGACUUGGACGGUGACGGCCAGAUCAACAUGGAAGAGUUAAGGCAUUUGCUCUCAGGUGAUGGUGCUGUGUUGGUCUCGGAUCUGCUGCCGGAUGGGCAAACCGUCGACGAGGUCAUGGAGGAAGUUUCUGGUGGCGACGGCGUGAUUUCCUUUGCCCACUUUCGGUCGUAUUUGAUGCACAUCAAGCACAGCCAGCCGUCGGAAAGCUGGAUGGCCAAAGGAUCCAAAGGCCAAAAACGCCCGCCGGAGGGCGAUGGAACCAGAUCCAGAGGUGUGGCGGAGGACAAGGACGCUUCGGAUCUCAUGAAUCGUUUGGAUGCCAGUGAAGGGCAAGAGGACCGAGCCGAAGAUGGGCUGUACUCUGAGGAGGAAGAGACGCAAGUGGAACGUGCCAUCAGUCGCUACUUGGACGCAGAGAAGAAAAAACAAGAGGCCGAUCCUUUCCAGGCGCGGUUUUACAACGGUCGUUGUGACUCUUUCUUGAAGACCCUGCUGAAGGAGGAUAGGUACAAGGUGUUGCAGGAGCUGGCAAAUUAUCUACUGGUGAGUCAAUGCCAUCAAGGGGUGGCUGUGUUGCAGGAGCUGACAAAUUAUCUACUGGUGAGCCAAUGCCAUCAAGGGAUGGCUGAUAGGCACGGACGAACCUACUACGCCAACAGAGAAACGGGGCAGGUACAGUGGCUGCCACCUCCAAAGGUGCGAAAAAACGCAGAGGAGAUUCGGACACUUCUGAUCCAGCACAACUUUACAGCUGCAGACAAAGAUGGCUCUGGUGUCAUUUGCAAACCGGAGCUCGCAUUGAUGAUGCGACGUUUGAACCCCGACAUGACCGACAAGGAGCUUGAGACCAUGCACAAAUCCAUGGACAAAGACCUAGAUGGGAAGGUGAAUUUCGACGAGUUUUACAACUGGAUGAUGGAAGAUGCGCAGAGUUAUUUGGCGUCAAAACUGCUGGAUAAAUCCUCCGCGCCUGCAGGUGCCAUCUCUGCCACCUUCCGCAUGUGGGACAAGGACGGCAACGGCAAGCUGUCGCGCAUGGAACUGGCCGCGGUGCUACGAAAGGCCAUGCCGCAGAUAUCAAGGGAGCACCUGGAGUCCAUUUUUGAAGAGCUUGAUGGCGACAGGAGUGGAGAAGUCGACUCAGAAGAGUUCGUGGCCUUCCUGUUCAGCAACAAGGGCUCGCGCGCGUCUCUCUCGAAGGCAGAUUGGGACGAUAACUCGAAGAAGAGUUGGGGGCGAUGUGUGAGUUGGGCCCAGGUGUACUAUCCGAUCCAAUAUUAUGUAUAUAAAUAUUUAUAA